AUGUGCCUGCGGUCCCGGCGGGGCGAUGAAGCAGCGAUGACGGCCGGUGAGGGGACCCUCCGGCCCUGGAAACCCGACCCGGGGCAGGCGGAGGGGGGUCGGCCGCCCCCGGGGCCAUCGCUGCCCCUGACCCUCACCGUCCUGGCCUGGCUGGGCACCGGCACCACCAUGGCCGGCCUCAACAAAUGGAUCUUCGCCACCCACGGUUUCCGCUACCCGCUGCUGCUGUCGUCCCUCCACAUGCUGUCGGGGGUGGCCGUGGGGUACCCGCUGGGCUGGGCGCGGGGACCGUCACCGCCGCCCCCCCGGCCCCGCGCCAGGAUCUACCUGCUCAGCCUCACCUUCUGCACCAGCGUGGCGUUGGGCAACCUGGGCUUGAGCUACGUGCAGCUGGAUGUGGCGCAGGCGGUGGCCACCACCACCCCGCUGGUCACCCUCCUGCUGUCGGGGCUGCUGGGGGGCCGGCGGCACCACCCGCUGCAGUAUGCCGCCAUGGGGCCCGUCUGCGCCGGGGCCGCCUGCAGCAUCGCCGGCGGGCUCCGCUUCUACCAGCCGGGCUGCGGCUUCCUCCUGGCCGCCGCCGUCCUCCGCGCCCUCAAGUCCAUACAGCAGAGUCUGCUGCUGCAGGAGGACCGGCUGGACGCCCUCUCGCUGCUCUGCCUGACCUCCCUGCCCAGUUUCUGCCUGCUCUUCGGGGCGGCCGUGGCGCUGGAGGUGGGUCCCUCCUGGGAGGGCGUCCUGCGCUACGACGGCACCCUCUGGGCCUGCGUCCUGCUCAGCUGCCUGGGCUCCGUCCUCUACAACCUGGCCACCUUCUGCGUCCUCUCCCUCACCUCCGCCCUCACCGUCCACGUCCUGGGCAACGUCACCGUGGUGGGCAACCUGCUGCUCUCCCGCCUCCUCUUUGGUAGCCACCUGAGCGGGCUCAGCUACCUGGGCAUUGGGCUGACGCUGGCCGGCAUGUUCAUGUACCACCAGCCGGACCUCAUCGCGGCACGCUGGGCGGCACGGCCGGGACGGGGCCCCCCGAGGCGGGAGUAGGGUCCCCGGCGGGGACGGGGACGGAUGGGAAGCCGGGGAGGCUGCAGGGCGUGGGCGAGCACGGCUCUGCGGGUGCACGAGGG